AUGAGCGAUCUGUCGCGCGUGCUCCCGCACUUCCCCAUCGGGCAGUUCGCGAGACUGAUUCCGGCACUCGAGAAACAUGCCAUCUCGACCAGCGAGCUGCUAACCCUUGAGGCGGCCGACAUUGGAAAGCGUACCCAGCUGCCACUACUGGACGUCAAGCGCUUGUGUAGCGCCGUGCUCACCGCCCUCCAUGCCGAUCUCGGCCCCGGCGCCGAAGCGGGGCCCAACGACCGGAAGCCUCCGGACCACCCGCCAAAAGGGAAACUCCCCACCACCACCCUAAGAAACACCGCUGCGUCGCUCGCUGCGCAAUGGCAAACCAUCAGCACGCUUGACCCCGAGCUGGACCGCGCUCUCGGCGGCGGCAUCCCCGCCGGCUACAUAACCGAAGUCACCGGCGAGUCAGGCUCCGGCAAGACCCAGUUCCUCCUUUCCCUCCUCCUCUCCGUCCAGCUACCCCCGCCCCACGGCCUAGGCCGCCCAGCUCUCUACGUUAGCACCGAAGCCGCGCUGUCCACCCGCCGCCUAGACCAAAUGCUCUCCGCCAACCCUGUCUAUCAACGCCUACCCCCAAAGAAGCGGCCAUCCCUCGACAACAUCAUCAGCACCGUCACGCCCGACCUCGAAAGCCAGGACCACAUCCUCACCUACCAGGUCCCUGUCGAAGUCGAGCGCCGCGGCAUUGGCCUGGUGGUGCUCGACUCAGUAGCCGCCAACUACCGCGCCGAGUUUGAGCGGUCAGCAGGGCAAGGCCAGCAGGGCCUCAACAUGGGCGCGCGCACCGGCGAGCUGGUCAAGCUGGGCAUGCAGCUGCGGGAUCUGGCGCAGCGGUAUAAUCUAGCCGUGGUGGUGGCUAACCAGGUGGCUGAUCGGUUCGGGGGAGGGGGUACUGCUAAGUUCAGGACUCCUGUCUCCUACCCAGCCCCUCUCCACGAAGAACCCCCACCGCCACCUGAAUACCUCCCCACCUCCACCAAUCCCACCUACUCUUCCCACCCCGGUAAAAACAACAACAACGACCCAGAAACCGAAAACGACCCGGCCCUCCUCCUAGACCACCAACAACGCUGGUUCACCGGCUGGGGCGACGACCCCUACUUCAACCAACUCAAAACACCAUCUCUCGGGCUAGUCUGGACGACCCAGAUUGCGAUGCGGGUGGCGCUUUUUCGGAGGCCGGUGUCGACUUGGCGGAUGAUGCAGAAUAUCACUGCUCCGGGAGGAGGAGGGGGUACAGGGGGAGGGGGGUGGAGCACGGCUGGGUGGGAAAGGGUAUCGAUGAGAAGGGGGGUGAGGGGGGGAAAGAAGAGGUAG